AAUCUACUAUAAAAUGGAAGAGAAUUUGGAAGUUCUUCACAUCUAUCUGCCUGGACGUAGAAGUAUUCAGUCAUUUGACAAGAUAACAGCUGAAAUUAAAACACCACAAAAAUGUUGUUAGGGAUUAGUGCUUUGGUUCUUCUGCAGGUUGCCUGCUCACUUGCUGUCGAUGAGCCAUUUCCAUGCUAUCAGUGCCAGAUGACGUGUUCAUUUGGUUUCGCAAACAAAAUGGACGAUAACGGAUGCCAGUUGUGCGAAUGUGCAAAACCUUCAAAACCCACAUGUAGGAAGUAUUGUCCAUUUGGUUUUAAACCAGACCCUAAUGCUGACAUCCUGUGCGAUUGCGCAGACCCGCAACCCAAAUUACAAGGACCUCCCAAACCCACAUGUAGGAAGUAUUGUCCAUUUGGCUUUAAGGAAGAUCCUAAUGCUGCUAUCCUGUGUGAAUGCGCAGAUCCUCAACCAAAACUGUCAAAGAGAAAUAUUCCUGAACCCGCAUGUCAGAUGCUCUGUGAAUUUGGUCUUAAAAAGGACGCCGAUGGUAAAACUUUGUGUGAAUGCGCAGAUCCUGAACCCGCAUGUCAGAUGCUCUGUGAAUUUGGUCUUAAAAAGGACGCCAAUGGCAAAACUUUGUGCGAAUGUGCAGAUGCAACACCGGAACUGCAAAACGGCACUCGAUGCCCACCGAAUCAGUGCUUAAUAUACUGUCAAUACGGACGCGCAAUAGAAAACGGUUGUGAAGUCUGCAGAUGCAAUAGAAGACCUCGCCGUCGCUGCCGUGGUAACUGUAAGAAAUAUUGCCCAUAUGGGUAUGUGUUUGGACUUGAUGGUUGCCCCACUUGUAAUUGCAGACAACGCCCAGUGGCAGCUUAAACGGAUCAUCCGAAUUACAACUGAAGAAGAGUUAAAAGUAAUUUUCCGAUGAAGGACCUUAAACGUUUAUUUUAUGUGUCCCGAAACAGAAAAUAAACAAUACUGCA